AUGAUCAAUAAUAUAGUUCUAUCUUUCGUAGCAUUAUUCAAAGCAUUUCCAAAAUUAUCAAUCUUGUCGGCAGUGAGCUCAAAACAGACCGACAGCAUGCACCUCUCAAAGUUCAUCAUCUUCUUAGCGGCUGUGGGCAACUCUUUCGUUAUGGCGUCUCCAACUUUGAGAUCUGAUGGUCUUAGUGCGAAGUUAGUUGAUGAUAGCUUCUACGAAAGAAUUGCCAUUGAUAAUAUUGGAGAUAAGAGAGAGGGAACAAGCAUUGAUGCAGAUGCAGCCUACGGCUUGUACGAAGACUGAUUAUUGGCGGGCAUGUUGUCAUCGUCUACUGCAGAUGCCUUUGGAGCUGCUGUACCAAACUGCUAGAGCUUGAUAAGAGCAGAUCAGGGAGCGUAGAUUCUAGCUAGGGAGAGCAGACUACAAACAAAAAUAAAAGAUAUUUGAGGAAAGAAGAUCCAACAUCAGAUGCAUGACCGUGUUAACAACGUCAUUGUACAAUUGUGGCCUGCAGCUUUUUCG